AUGGCAUCAAAAACAACUGUAUCGUCAACAACAAAAAGAAAAAUUGGAAAAUCAAGCAAACGUGUACCUAUAAUUGAUAGCAGCCAAGCUGGAUCAAAUAUCCAAGUUCUCCGAUUGUGUCUACAAGAACUUGUCUGGAAAGAAUGUAUUAUUAGUUCAAGCACAGAGCCCGACAUCUAUUGGCAUGGGGGAUCAUUUCAUGAUAACAAUAAGAAUUUUAAUCCGAAUUCAGCUAGAGUGAACAAAUUUCCCGAUGGCUCAGAAGGGGAAGGUAUCUUUUUAAUUCAAGAUCCAACUCGCUGCACAACUGUUAAUCGACCCUACAUUGUUCAAGAAUACGUCGAUCGACCAUUACUAAUGAAUGGUCUUAAAUUUGACAUGAGAAUUUAUGUACUGAUUCUAAAAUUGAAUCCAUUGGAAGUUUUACUCUAUCAGGAAGGUCUAGCGCGCUUUGCUACUGUCGAAUAUCAAGCUCCAUCGAAGAAAAAUCUUCAUGAAUCAUUCAUGCAUUUAACUAAUUAUUCAUUGAACAAGCGCAGUGCUAAUUACAAACAUGCCUCGGAUGAGACACAAACUGAUGCAAGCAAGCGAAAAUUAAGUGUUGUUUGGUCACAACUAGGUCAACUAUUCAGUCCAAGUGAAAUUGAACAAACCAAAGAAAUGAUCGAAGAUAUGAUCAAUAAAACGGUCUUAGCUAUCUUACCCGAACUUCAUGUCCAAUAUGCCUUGGAACUACCAAUGACUUGCAAACAGAACCCAUGUUUUCAGGUAUCAACAACAAUAUUUUAG